AGAAGCGAAGCAGCCAUGGAAACCACGAAGCCCUCGCCGGCCACUAGGCUUGGCUCCCUCACCAGGACGGUCACCAAGAUCUUCCGCCACCGCCGGACUGCCACCUUCUCCGGUGUGUUCGAUGAAGAAAGCUAUAACCAGAAGCUGAAGUCCAAUCUAUCGGGGUUCAUAGAUUCCCGUAUUUCCACCGAUUGUAAUCCUAAGGAGAAGCCUAAGCUGGAUGAAUCAGCCAGCAGUAGCAGCAGCGGCAACAACAGAAAUGAGUUAGAGCUCCAGGUCGCGGAAUCGCCCUACGAUCCAGACACCAUUCAGGCUUCAGACCAGGCUGUUGUAUCGGAGCUCAAGCAUCUGUCUAUGCUAAAGCAAUCUUAUCUCAAAAGCCCUAAACAAUUAGAAACCCUGUCAUCGCCGGCGGACUCCCAAAUUCUGGUGCCGCAGCUACAGGAGCAGCGAAACCUACUCAAAACCUACGAAAUCACCAUCAGAAAGCUGGAGUCCAGUCUCUAUAGCAGAGACGUCGAGAUCAAACUACUCCAAACCCGGCUCCAGGAUUCAACGCGCUUCAAUCGCUCCCUUGAAUCCAAGCUCCGUCCCGGCCGUACUCUCUCUAUCGACAACCUUCACCAGUCCUUGCCUGAUCCUAAGCACUUCUUUGCCGUGCUAUGCUCGGCCGUGAAAUCAAUCAGGAAUUUCGUCGAGCAAAUGAUGCGCGAGAUGGAUUCGGCUGGUUGGGAUUUGGACACGGCCGCAGGAGUAAUUCAACCUGUUGUCAGAGGUAAGUCUGCUCACUGGGCUCACGCUUUCCAAUCUUUCGUCUCCCGGUGCAUCUUCUCCGACUUUCGGCACCCUGAUUUUGGCGUCUCGUUCGAUGGCCGGCGGUCAUCACUGGAUCGCCGGAGAUUCUUCCAGGAGUUCCUCGAACUGAGUUCAGGAAAGCUGGUUGAAGCCGGAGGAGGAACGGAGCUUGAAAAGCUCAUCAGAACGAAGUAUCUCUUCUUGGUGCACCCGAGGAUGGAGGUUUCCUUCUUCGGAAACCUUGAUCAGAGGGCAGCCAUAAGCACCGGCGGAGCUUUUCCGGACACGGAGUUCUUCGCAUUGUUCGCUGAAAUGGCGAAGAGGGUUUGGCUUCUUCACUGCCUCUUCUUCUCGUACGGGCCGGAGGUGGAUGCCACCAUUUUUCAGGUGAAGAGAGGCUGCAGAUUCUCGGAGGUUUACAUGGAGAGCGUCACCGCCUCUCCGGCGAAUUUUCCGACGGCUUCCCCGGCAGGCUGCACCGUUGCGUUUACGGUGGUGCCGGGUUUCAGGGUGGGGAAAACUUCGAUCCAAUGCGAGGUGUACGUAUCGGAGGAAGGGAAGCGAAAUGGAGGGUCCAGAUGAUUUCUCGACCAAAUUAGUAAUAUUUUUUUAGUUUCUUAGAAUUAAAAUUAAUUAGGUAGAUGAUGUAUAUGUACAAUCUGCCAUCACCUAACGUAGUUGUGUAAUCAUAUUUAUUAUUUA